GAUAAAAAACAAAGCCUCAACCAAAAUACCAACAAAGUUUCUCAAAUUCUUAUCAGAGCCCUGCAAUCCGAAAAUUUGCAGCAUUAUGGCGGCAAAUGCGCCAUCCGGCCCUCUACUCCACAUUCUUGGUUCCCAAUCAUCUUCUCUGUCUUCGAUAUCGCCGUCUUCAGUUUCUUUCUUUUCUUUUCUGAAGCCUCUUCUUCUCUCAUCCACCAUAACUGUUCCCACUGCUAUACCUAAACGUCUUCGACAGAUCCAAAUUCUACUUCGUCGGAAAUCCAUCUUCGCUUCCAUCACUCAUCUAUCUAAUCCUCUCUUUUCUCACUCUUGGUCUUCAUGUGUGGUCUCUGUUCCUCAGAGACAUUGCGAUGCUGUGGGAUUUGGAGAUUCGGUGGACAUUGCUGAGGACGAUGAAGCAAUUGAACCGCACAGUGAAGAGAGUGGGAUUGAAAACGAAGAUGAGGAUGCCGAGAUGAGUGAAGGUUCAUAUUCGUCGCCACUGCAGAGAAACAGGGAGGAGAGGUUGAAGUUGCCGAGUCUCACUGUGAAGGAAAGGAAAGAGCUGGCCUCUUACGCUCAUAGCUUGGGGAAAAAGCUAAAAAGCCAGUUGGUGGGCAAGUCUGGCGUUACACCUAAUGUUGCGACCUCUUUCAUUGAAACUCUCGAAGCUAACGAGCUUCUCAAGAUUAAAAUACACCGGACUUGUCCAGGAGAGCUAGAUGACGUGGUGAAGCAGUUGGAAGAAGCAACUGGUUCAGUGACUGUUGGUCAAAUUGGUCGAACAGUGAUUAUAUACAGACCUAGUCUCACCAAAUUGAAAGCAGAAGAGAAGAAGAAACAAGCUCGAAAAGUGUUUCUGAGAAAACAGCUAAAACCAAAACUGGGUAAGGAGCAAGGGUCAAAAUUUCCAAGGCGGAGAUAAUUUUGGAAACAACAGGUUAUGAAUUCUUUGUGAGCUUAUAUUGAGCUCCUUGCUGCUGCUGCUGCUGCAAACUCAGAAACAAGGACGUCGGCUCAACUGUAGGAUACCACGACAUUCACAAUGUGUGGUGUUUUUAGUGCCAUUCGAAGUUUUAGCAUUUGACAUUGUACGAGAGAAAAUAUAGUUCAUUCUUGAAGUAUUAGCACUUCAUGGAUUAGAAAUUGACUCGAUAGAUAUGCUCAUGCAUAUUAGAAAAUCCGGCUCCUACUGCACUUGAGUUUUGCACCAGGUAAAGUCAGCUCCCGUGAAUAAUUAUUCGUUUGGAACAAAGCAAACUCCAGGGACAGGGUUAAUGCUGGAAUAACUGCAAGGUAAUUGCGAAUUGAUGGCUGCUGCAAAGGCCAUCAUUGCUCUUAUAUAAAUGGUAUCCAGAGACUUGGGAAUUUGCUGCGUGAUUGUUCUUUAUGGAAGAUCCUCCAUGAAUAAGCUUAGAGUCGUGAAGUUCUCCAUUUUUGACAGAAAUUAUCCAAGACUAGCCAUCCUAUUCGCCGGAGAUACAAAGACACGAUGGUGAUGACCGGCUGCAAGAAUGGGAAACUCAUGCAAAUUGGCUACCGGGAGAGAGAAUUAGCGCAGGAUAAUCUUCGUAAUAUCUCCAGUACUUGUUAACCUGCCAGCAUUUCAUUGCACUAGGAUUUUUCUUGAAAUAGACAAAUGUUACACCGCAAUCUUCUAUAUCUCUCCAUGAUUAUCAAUUAUGGGUUCUUUUGAUUGCUAGAAAGGAUAAGAAUUGAA